CGGUGUUAUAACCUACAAACCCAACAAAACCAACAGGUUCCCUUGACGGCCAUAUUGAAAAUCUCGAGCAUUCGUCGACAAUUGAACACGAACACCCGCAAAUUGUAAACUGUAUACCGUGUGAAGAGCGACCAAGAGUAAAGAAUGUGUUAAUUGUAGCAUUAUAUGUCGUGAGAUGUGAUGCGACGUACUGAUCAGUAAAGUGGAUUUUUAGUAAAGGAAAUUCUGAAUGGUUAAUGUCUUCUCAAGUAUUUAAAAUGGAUACACCUCCGUGUUUAGAUACAGUGUAUCAAGCGGUGUUUACCCUCUACCAUAACCCGGACACAUCCGAAAAAGAAAAAGCUUCUUACUGGUUACAAGCACUACAACGAUCUGUGUACUCUUGGAAAGUUGCUGAUGAAAUGCUUCGUGAGAAGAGAGAUUUGGAAUCAUGUUACUUUGCUGCACAGACAAUGCGUAGUAAAAUACAGUACUCAUUCCUUGAAUUACCCCAGGAAGCUCACAUAUCUUUACGAGACUCUCUUGUAGAACAUAUAGGACAAGUAAAUGAUGCUACGAACACUGUAAUUGUGACACAGUUGUGUUUGGCUCUAGCAGAUUUAGCGUUGCAAAUGUCAUCAUGGCAAUCACCAGUAUUAGAUCUUAUCAAUCAAUUUGGAGGAAAACAUUUAGGUCCACUUUUGGAAAUACUGACAGUACUACCAGAAGAAGUAAAUUCUAGAUCUUUACGAUUAGGUGCAAAUAGACGAAAUGAAAUUAUUCUCUCAUUGGGAAUGGCAUCUGGGACAGUGAUACAGUUUCUGAAAAGUUGUUUAUCAAAUAGUGGAGAUAAUACCCAGAUUCAUAUAAAAAUCUUGCGAUGUUUUACCUCUUGGAUAUCUAUUCAAGCAAUCACGUUAGCAGAUGUUUCUGAAAAUAUAGUUAUUGCUCAUGCAUUCAAUGUUUUGGCAAAUCAUCAGUGGCGUGUGGAGGAAGAUGUACUCAGUGAUGGGGAAAGUGAAGUUACAGAAGUAGAUGAGAACUAUGUUUCCUUCGCGUCUGUCAUUGAAGAUGACAGCACUGCAACUUCUGAUUGUGAUGACAGCACAUCUCUUGUUCAAGAUUAUAUGGAAGAAAGGUUUAAUAGAAAAUGGUACAGUCAGGAGGCACUGCCAUUAACUUCUUGUGUUGUUAUUGGUUCCUCCUACUUGUAUCCAAUGGCCUGGCUUUUUACCACAUCAUACACUGUAAACUUGGCACUUGAAGAUCAUGUGUUUGAUACAGUGUUGGCAAGCAUUGUUAGUACACCUGGUGUCCAUGAAGCUGCUACUGAUUGCUUAUGUGCACUUCUUCAGUGUUUGGAAGAUAAUAAUAACCAGCAAUCUUUGGAACUGCAACUUUUCACUGGCGUCAUGGCUCUAGAAGAAAGUUUUCAUUUGUCAGUUGCCCAUGAAGAUCAGGAAAAGUCAAUGAACUAUUGUCGUAUUUUCACGGAGUUGGCUGAAUCCUUCUUGGAGAAGAUAGUGAAUGGAAGUACAGCAAAUGAAGCACAUUAUGCUAUUAAAAUAUUAAAUCUUGUACUGACAUGUGUCGGCCAUCAUGAUUAUGAGGUUGCUGAAAUAACAUUUAAUUUGUGGUAUCGACUAUCUGAGGAAUUGUAUCAGAAGAAUAGUGAGCCUUUAAUUUCAAUGUUUAAGCCUUAUGUUGAACGUUUGAUUGAAUCUCUCUGUAGACAUUGUGAAAUGGAACCAGAUCAUGAAGGAUUGUUAGAAGAUGGGGAAGACUUUGCAGAUUUCCGAGUAAAAGUUUCAGAGCUUAUAAAGGACGUUGUCUUUAUAGUUGGUUCAUCUAACUGUUUCAGACAAAUGUUCUUAAGUUUACAACAAACAAAUGUAACAUGGCAUUCGAGUGAAGCUGCUUUAUUUGUCAUGCAGGCUGUAGCAAAAAAUAUUUUACCUGAAGAAAACGAGGUUGUGCCUAAGGUUGUGGAAGCUAUUUUACACUUACCAGAGACAACUCACAUAGCUGUUCGUUAUACAUCUGUUUUAUUGCUUGGAGAACUUUGUGAAUGGAUAGAAAAACAUCCUCAGUCCCUAGAAACAAUAUUAAACUUUUUACUGUAUUGCUUGCAACAACCCCAGUUGGCAUCUGCUGCAGCAAUAGCUCUACAAAAUAUUUGUAGUGCUUGCCAAGAUCAUAUGACUGUUCAUUUCAAUGGACUUCUACAGAUUAUUCAGUCUCUUGACACUUUUCGCAUUACGAAUGAAGCUGCAAUUGGCCUACUUAAAGGUGUUUCGUUAAUUUUAGGACGAAUGCCAGGGGAUCAGAUUCAACAAGCCAUGAAACAAAUAUGCUGGGUUCAAGUUAAUCCUUUGAAUCAUUUAAUAGAGAAUGAUGUUAAAACAGAGAGAGGCACCAACUCCGAUCCUGUACUUUGGUUUGAUCGUUUAGCUGCAGUUUUUAGACAUACAAAACCACCAGUUGACAAUGGCGCUGUGCAUCCUUGUCAGCCCGUAAUAACAGAGAUUUGGCCCGUUCUCUCGAAAGCAUGCAACAAAUACCAGGGUGACAUCAGAGUGAUGGAGCGAUGUUGUCGAUGCUUACGUUUUGCUGUUCGUUGUGUUGGAAAACAGUCUGCUCAUCUCUUGGAGCCAUUGGUUCAGCAGAUUGUGAUGCUCUAUCAGGUGAAUCAACACAGUUGUUUUUUGUAUCUUGGAAGUAUACUGGUCGAUGAAUAUGGAUCAGAGCCUGGUUGUGUGCAGGGGUUAUUGGAUAUGCUUCAGGCGUUCAUAGCACCAACAAUGAGAGUUUUGCAAGAAACAAAUGGAUUGAAGAACCAUCCUGAUACUGUGGAUGAUUUGUUUAGACUGUGUGCAAGGUUUCUUCAAAGGAUGCCAGUGCAGUUUCUUCAGGCCGCUACACUGCCUUGUAUUUUAGAUUGUGCGCUUCUUGCUUGCACUUUGGAUCACAGAGAUGCAAAUGCAUCUGUAAUGAAAUUUUUUUGUGACCUCAUACACUCUGGCAGACAUCGACAGGAAGAUGAAGCUUAUGAAGUUCGCCAGACGCUGGUGAAGUCACUGAUAAGUGAACGUGGACAAGUUCUAGUCAGUAAUUUAAUUCAUGCAUCCGUUCUUUGCCUCCAUUCCUACAUGUUAUCAGAUGUCGCAGAUGUGAUCAUGGAACUUAUGUACACUGAUCGUGCGGCGGUCAGUCAAUGGUUGCAAAAUGCUCUUCAGUCACUUCCUACCCAGAAUUCAGGAGGAAGUGUGACUGCAACCCAAACUCAGCUUGCAGAUUUUCAUCAGCUGUUGACCAGAGCUGAAGACUCCAAGGCUAUUACCCACGCAUUAAGAGGAUUUGCUCGACUGUAUCGCUGACUACACAAAAUACUGUGGCGGCGAGAGCAGUUAUAAGCUCUUCCCACAGUAACAUUUGUAUGAACUAAGAAUUGUUUCAAGGAAUACAAGAAGAAAAUACUUUCAUAACAUCCACAAAAGAAUAAGUGUUGAAUUUUCCUGCAACAGAUGUGGAAGAAAUUCUUACGUAUUCAAGAAGCAUGAACAUCCUGUUCUUACUAUGUGAUAAAAAAAAAAAAAAAGAAAUAAAAAAAGACGAAUGUAAUUGAAUGAAUUCUUGUGAAUGUGUAUGCUGACUGUGGUUUGAAUCAUUCCAGAUAGCAAAAUUGUGAGCAUGUGUGAUAAACAGAGAAUAAAAAUGGAAAAUAUAGUAUAUGUAUAGUAUAUAUCAAUAUACUAUGUACAUUUAUAAAUAUAUAAUCUCAUGCAUACUAGCGUGUGAGUAUAUUACCAUUUAUUUUUGGUGUAAUGUGGAACAUUUAUGUCUCAGUCAUGUGAACAGUAAUUUUUUUUAAAUUUUUGUUUUUAUUUAUUUAAUUUGUUUGACAAAUCUUGAAGAUAAGUGAACUAGCUUUCUUUGUGCACCUCCUAUUGGGAAGAUUAGUUCUUAAUGAGCUUUUGUUUCAAAUAUUGCCAUAUAUUACUGGCCACAGGUAAUGAGUUGAUGUGUCCUGUACUUUGCGCUAAAGAUGUGCAUUCUUCUUCCAAGAUACUAUUGAUAUAUAUAUCAAUGACACGAUAGAGAAAAUGUGACUUGUAAAUUAUUGUAAGCAUAUUGAAUAUAUUUUAUCGAUGCAGCAGGUCAGUAUGGAGUAUUGUUGAUUUAAUUAAGUUACUGCUUGCAAAAGUCCAUCUGUUCCAUACGCGUUAACAAAUGUAAUCUACUGACUAGCUGCACUGGAAAGGGUGCAAAUUCUUUUAAUUGCUAUUAAAUACAAAUUCUAAGAAAAAAGUAAUGUAGUUUCUAAUGAAAUAACCAUAAUUUAGUGAAGUAUUUAUGGCAUCUGUUCAUAUUUUCAGUUAAAUUAUUUGCACCAAAGAUGUAUGAAAAAUAUUGUUUUAGCAUAUUUACAAAGAAUUUUAUAAUUCUUGACUACUAUCUCUUUUCACUGUUUCACUUCCUCUUCCCUUUUUUUCAUGCUCUGGUUAAUCAAGUAUGUAUAAAAUAUGUAACAUGUAAUCAUUUAGUAAGUUCUCAUUCCAUUUCUGUUGUGUGGAAAUCUUGACAGUUUGAAGAACAGAAGUUUUACCGAAUUCUUCAUAAUAAUUGGAAUUUUGCUUUUUGCACAAGAAACUUUUCUCUGUUCAUUGCCAUUGUCUCCCUUCUUGUAGACAUUCACUACAAGUAAAAAGUUUUUAAGCAUUCUUUGUUUGGAGACAUUUUUCAUUUACUGAUAAUUAAAACAGGUCAUUAGAUUUAUACGGAUUAUUACUUUACUUGUGUAUUGGACAGUAUGUGAGUUUGGUGGUUGGUGAGCAAAAUAAUUGUGCUAAUCUAUGUCUUGUAGAAAAUAAGAUUUAAAGCAUGUACAUAAUAAAUAAAAAAAAAUGAAAACAAAAAAGAGAAAUUCUUUGAUGUUCAGAACACAGAAGCAAAUUUUGUCUCUCCCAUUUUUUUCAUAUGAAAAUUCAAUGAUAAGGAGUGUAAAAUGACCAAUUUAAGUACUGCAGUUAAAUGUGUUUUGCUCUCCAACCACUGGUAUUUUGAAUACACACUGUGUUAUUAGAUAUGCUAUAGUUGUUUAGUCAUAUAAUAUACAUGAAUAUUUUGUUAUAAAAUAGAAAAAUGCGAUGAUUUUAUGAAAUGGACAGAUAUGCAAUAUUGUCCAUUGUUUCACAGUUUGAAUGUUUCUGAAUUGAAGUUGAACAUGGUGACUUCUCAUAUUUAUACAAUUUGAAUAUAAUGGGUCAUGGAUGAAGCAGUAUUAAUAUACUGAACUAGACGCAUUCAGAUGUCCAAACAAUAGGGCUCAUUUAAUGUGCUCAUUGAACAGAUGAUUUAAGAAUCAGCUUUUUAUAGAAGUUAUGAGUGACCACAUGUUAUUCUCUAAUGGCUAUUUUGAGCAAUUUACAUGAAAUUGAAUUGAAGAAAUGUAUGGUAUUUUCAAGCCAGCCAGCAAGAUAAAAUUUUAGUAAUCUGUGUCUGUAUACAAGAAUGAAGAUAAUGAGCUAAAGUAUAAACCAGUAAUCGACUUAGUGGAAACAACUGGAAUCAAAUAUUAUUAUUAUUAUUAUUAUUAUUAUUAUUAUUAUUAUUAUUAUUAUUAUUAUUAUUAUUAUUAUUAUUAUUAUUAUUAUUAUGUAAUUAAGACUGUUGUAUAUGGAUGUUAAGAGCAUAGCUUUUUGUUGCAAGUUUGUACUAUUAAUUAAUAAUUUUGCAAUCUAUAGGUGUUUACGUAUGGUAUUAAUUAUAAAAAUAAGUUAACAGCAGUCUGUGUCAAACUUGGUUUUAAAAUAUCUGUCUACUUUCAGUUCUAUUCAAAUCAUAUCUCCUUUCAGUUUUUGAGAGUGUCUUUCUUAGGGAAGGGAAGAUAUCUGAAUUCAUAUUUAUUGGGCUCAUCAAAUGAAGUUCAGUUGUUACCAUCAAUAUUGAAAUCUAGUGUUACCUGAUGAUGGCUAGCUGAUGUGAAUUUAUUCUGAUCAGCAAUGAAAUUGUCUUGUCAGAAAGCUCAAUAUAUCUUGGUUUGAAUACUGAUGUUAAAAUAGUGCUGGAAUAAAUCUCCAGUGCAUUCCACCAGAUCAAAGCUAUGAUAUUAGCAAAUAUAAGUGUUAUGUUAAUUGUAAUGAGUCGCAUUUAUAUGUAUAAUUGUAUUUCUGUGUUUUUAUUGUGGUAUUAAAAAAUGUUAACUGUUUAUUCUACCAUAAGGAAGAAACUAUAGGACUGCAUUAUAAGAAAAUGGUGGCCAUUUCUUCCUGUUUCGUUUUUAUUACCCUACAGCAAAAGUACUAUAGAGCCAUGAUUACUUCAAAGACACAUUUUAUGCAGCUCAUAAAAUCUGUUUUUACUCUCUGAUGAUUGUGUGCGGUUAGUAACUUAUGUAUAGUAAUGAAUAAUGAAGACUGCAUUAAAUUCCAUCAUGAUGUAUGUCAAUAUUAAAUGAAUGAUGCCCUUUUCACUUGC